AUGAGUCAUGUCAAAUUACGUAUUACAAUGUCUCCAACAAGAAAAUACUGUGACUUGCUAUGCAAGCUAGGGUUAAUUUUAACAAUCCUCCUUGCUAGAACAGUAAACUCUGAAGAAGAUGAUGAUCAAGCUGCUGCUGCUGGUUUACUAUGCAUAAGUGAUUGUUCUACUUGUCCAACUAUAUGCUCGCCCCCACCGCCGCCUUCAUCAUCUCAUCACGCGCCACCUCCUCAAUCUUAUAACUACCAUUCUCCACCACCGCGGCCGCCACGAUCACCACCACUGCCGCCACGGUCAAGUUCAUCUUCACAGCCACCACAAACACCAAGAUGGUAUCCUAUAUGGGGUAUUCCACCACCUCCUUCUGCAGGGUAUUAUUACCAUACACCCAAUAAUGCACAAGCCCCACCUAAACAAGGACAGUACCCUUACCCUUAUUACUAUUUCUAUGCCUCAAAGGCCUCCUCUGUCAAUUCUCUGUCUCUUCAUGGUUCGUACAAGAAUUUCUCGUGUGUAUAUGUUGAGUCGUUGCUAAAGGCAAUAUCUUAG